AGCAAGUCAAGUGUUUACAAACUACUGCUGAUAUUGCUAUCGCUUGCCAAUACUAAUCAAACUUAGUGGUCAACCGAUACUUCGUAAAAUACAGACGCACUAAACUAGUUUAACUUUACUUAGUUAGCUAGUGCUUGCUAGAUUACAUUUUGUAGCAUUUAGAUCUCAUACCUGUAGACAUAGGCACUAGUUGAAAGUGUAAUUGUAAAACGUAUAAUGGUUUUGUGAAAAAUAAAUGGAUAUAAUUUCGAAAUAAUGUUUUAAUCAGGUUGUUCUCGCAAAUAUCAAUAAAAACUUAUAGAUAUCUUAAAAAUGAUUAUCAAUAAUAGAUUAUUUAUUAUUUACGUUUUAAGUACGCUUUUAAGUAAUAAAGUAAGUGCUACAACAACUGAUAAAGACAUAUCCAAAGCACUGGAAGAACACACUAUGGUAACUGAUAUUAAUAUCUUUCCAUACAUGGUGGCGAUAUUGAGAAAAUUUACGUACAUUAGUGCUGGCGCUUUGAUUGAUGAAAGUUGGGUGCUUACAGAGGCCGAUUCCUUAUUUACGAUUAGAGAGUCUUCGCGAUUUCUUCGGGUGAGACUUGGCAGUGCUAAUUACAAGAAAGGGGGAUAUCUUACACCAAUCAAGUACUUCCAAAUCCAUCCUUAUUUUGACGACAGCAAGCCUCUGUUUGAUGUGGCACUUAUAAAAUUGCCCGAAGCUGUAAGACUGACGCUGAGUAUAAAUCCUAUAAGACUUCAGAAAAAACCUCGAAAAAUUAUCACUUCACAUUUUAUAGUGACCUCAUGGCCAGUGUAUCAGCAACAAAAUCUAAGUGCAAGUCGCGUAGAAUCAUUGGAGCAGAAGAUGCGGCGUCGAAUACUUACAGUGUCGCAUUUACACCCGACAGAUCCUGAAGUAUGUUCUGAAGAAAUGGACAUGUUCAUGCCAGAUCACAACAAUACCAAGUCUCUAAUGUGCUUAGAUCCUAAUAUUGGAACUAAUCCUUGCCAGAGAGACAUCGGUGCACCGGUUGUGCUGAACGGGUUGUUGUGGGGUAUAAUUUCAUCCUGGAAGUCAGAAGAAUGUGAAAUUGAAGGCGGACCUUCCUUUGUGACCUUAGUGUCCUCCGUAGAAGUCAACUCCUGGAUACAUUCUACUAUCCACGGUCAUAGGUGGAUGAAGCAACAUACCGUUGAUUAUCAAGAUAAUUUUAUUUAAAUACAAUAGAAUCUCACUAAUCCGGCACUUCGAUAGACCGAUACAUCCAAUAAUAAUCCAGCACCUACAAAGACCUACCUAAGGACUAAAGGUUUGGCAACAGACCUCAAUUAAUGAUUAUUUUAUAACGAUGUUAUUAAGUAGUUAAUUGUGAGUUAUGUUACAGUUAAAUAAAUAAUUGAUGUAGAACAUGAACACAAAUACGUUGUAUUUAUUCCCUAUAUAUGAAAUGGAUUAUUCUAUUUAUUAUGAUUUUUUCUAUGCAAUCUAGUAAUCCGAAUAUUCCAAUAAUUCGCCACCCUCUGGUUUUAAUAUUGCCGGAUUAGUGAGAUUCUACUGUAUUAAGUUUUCUGGAGAUAUAAUAUAAAAUUACGGAUAUAAUAUAAAUAUAAAUUAUUAAUAUAUUAAUA